UGUCAUUCAAUGUAAAUGACUACAGAAGUCAGAUGAUUUGUCUGUCUGUCUCUUUCUCUCUAGUACGGAUUCAUCAACACUUGCCUGAAGUCUCUUCUAAUAGAGAAAUUUGGUGAAGAAACCUGGGAAAAUCUCAAGACAAUAACUGGGACUGAAGACACCUUUAUGACAUACACAGUGUAUGAUGAUGCUGUCACAAUGAAGCUGGUCCAAGAAACCUGCAAAACACUAAAGGUGUCAGAAGAGGCAGUGCUCAAACUUUUCGGGGAAUACUUUUUCAGUUUCUGUAAGAUGUCUGGAUACGAUAGAAUGCUACGGACCCUAGGAGGAAAUUUGAUGGAGUUUAUCGAGAACCUUGAUGCACUUCAUAGCUAUCUUGCCUUGUCUUACCAGGAAAUGAAUGCACCAUCAUUCCGAGUAGAAAAAACCGAUGGGAUGUUGUUGCUCCACUAUUACUCCGACAGAAAAGGCCUGUAUCAUAUUGUCCCAGGAAUCCUUGAAGCUGUGUCAAGAGAUUUCUUUGACAGCGAAGUGACGCUGAAAAUUCUCCAUCGAGAUGUAGAAGAGGAGCGCACUGGGAAGAAAGAGCAUGUGGUGUUUUUUCUUUCGCAGAAUGAGAAAGAAGCAAAGAAUGGGGUCGAAGAAAAAAUAGCCUCUGCAGGUGGAGACUGUCGAGAGGAUGAAAAGAGGCUGGAUGCAGCUUUCCAGGAAGGGAAGGAAGAAUCUAUGUUGCACCAACUAGGAAAGAAAUCUCACUGGGACAUUGUGAGGCACAUUGUGAAAUUUAGGAGAGGGGACCUAAUUCGUACCUUGGAGCCAUUUUUUCCUGAGAGACUUUGGGUUGAGGAGAGAACUUUCUGUUGUGCGUUUCCUUUCCACAUUGUAUUCGAUGAAACACUGAAGAUCAAGCAAGCUGGUGUGAACAUUCAGAAAUUUGUACCAGGCUUGCAGAUCCAUGGAACCAGAUUAGAUGAGUAUUUCUCUAUUGUUCACCCACAAGUUACAUUCACAAUCUUUAGCAUACGGAAGUUUAUCAACAGCCAGUUUGUUCUCAAGAUACGAAGGGAUGCGCUGCCUCACUUGUGGACGAGACGGCCCAUGCUAAAGCUCAGAGGACAAAUGAUCUGGAUGGAUUCCAUGCAGUGCUAUUACUUGUGCUCGCCCAAGCUGCGCAGUUUGGAGGAAUUGGAAGAGCAACGAAUGCUCUCUGAUAUUGCACAGCCCGACAAAAGGGACCUCAUCCUCUUCACCCAGCAACGGCUGGCAGAAGAGCUAUCUAACCAGCUAGAGAGGAAGGAAGAGCUAAGGAUUCUCUCCAAAAACCUGGAAGCAGAAAAGAAGAAAUCGGAGGCUCUGCUGUAUGCUAUGUUGCCAAAACAUGUGGCCAAUCAGCUUAAGGAGGGCAAAAAGGUGGAAGCAGGAGAUUUUAGUUGCUGCACAAUACUUUUCAGUGAUGUCGUGACCUUCACAAACAUCUGCUCUGCCUGUGAACCUAUUCAGAUAGUGAACAUGCUUAAUUCCAUGUACUCAAGGUUUGAUCGGCUAACUAGUGUCCACGGUGUUUAUAAAGUAGAAACAAUAGGAGACGCCUACAUGGUUGUAGGUGGGAUCCCAGUGCCUGUCAGCAGUCAUGCUGAAAGGGUGGCUAAUUUUGCCCUGGGCAUGAGAAUUGCUGCAAGGGAAGUGAUGAACCCACUCACAGAUAAGCCUAUACAGAUUAGAAUUGGGGUGCACACUGGACCAGUUUUGGCCGGAGUGGUUGGGGAGAAAAUGCCCAGGUACUGCUUGUUUGGCGAUACAGUCAACACAGCUUCUAGGAUGGAAAGCCAUGGACUUCCAGACAAAAUCCAUCUGAGCCCAACAACGUUCAGAGCAUUACCACACCAAGUGUUUGAGAUGGUGGAAAGGGGAGAAAUAGAGGUCAAAGGCAAAGGGAAAAUGACAACGCAUUUUCUGAGGAAAAACCUCCAUGCCACCGAGAAUGAAAUAAUGGGACGGCUGAAAGAGACAUCUGGUAAUGGCGAUGGCAAUGGUACACUUUGGAAAGCCAUCAUGGCAAGAAUGUUGUAAUAAUGAAAUAUGCUGAAGAUUCUCUUAUAGCCAGGGACGCAGAGCAUAGAGAAGAUGCGGCAGGGGCUGAAAGCGAUGCUCCCCAUGGAGAAGAUUCACAAGAGAAAAAAGAAGUCUCACUUCCUAAUCUGUCAGAGAGUAAGGCUCCCUCAGCACUUUGUGUUCUGUUUUAGGAAAAUGGUCAUAUGAGGAAUGAAAACUCAAUGGGGAGGGGGAGAACUUCUGCAUGUUACCUACACUACAGCUUGGAAUGUAACCCUGUGUGAUGAAUUCAAGAAACGGCAAAGGAAAAGCAGGCAAUGUUUUGCUGAUAACAGAUGGGCUACUUCAUCCUUCUCUUGUAGAGUUUGCACUCCUUACAGGCCAAGCAUGAAAGGCUUCGUGUCAUUUGAAACUUCUUUCCUUCUUGUAAUGUUUGGCCACAUUGCAUGGGAUGAGAGAAGCCGCAGGAAGCGCAGU